AAUUAGAACAUACGAGGAAUAUUAUAUUCCAUAUGAUUGGAUAGGUUCCAAGAAAAACCAAUUACAUGAUAGAUUGCAAAACUAUGUUAUGGAAUUAUUACGUCAACGAGGCUAUAGAGUAGUUCAUGGAAAUUCUUGGUAUGUUAUGGUAAAAUGGAUCGAGAAUCCAGAUUAUUAUGCUAACAAGACAUAUCCGAAUAUUGUUAGAAUAUAA